GGGGGUGGAGGAUAUUUAUAGGAUCCAUUGCACGACGCGACACAAAUUUCAGUUUUCACUUUCAACUUUCAACGGCUGGAGCCGUGCCCACUUCCCCCGCUGCGCAAUUUAUUCGUUUACGAUUCGAGUUAGACCAAGACCCGCGAGGAAAAAAGAGAAAAAAAAAAGCUCCAAUUUCUCAGCGAUAAACAAUCUGUGGCAUUCAAAGAACACGUCUAUUAUAUUCCUACCUCUUGAGAGAUCCUUCUGCUCAACAAAAGGGGCUGCAAAAAGAUCAAUUACAAUCUUCAGUGUUUGAUUACCAGAGAGGACAUGGAGAUCCACAAAGCAAUCGGUGAUUGUGAUGAUCGAAGGCUCAAAACCAAGUACAAUAACGCCAUCUAUGUUGUUAAGAGAGCUCUGGCUUUAUAUUCUACUGAAGAGGUUGCAUUCAGCUUCAAUGGUGGAAAAGAUUCGACUGUUUUACUGCACAUACUUCGAGCUGCCUUUUUCUUGCAUAAAGAGGAAGAAGGCUAUUCUGUUGAUGGACUCAAGGAGUUUCCUAUUCGAACAAUAUACUUUGAGAGCCCUUCUGCUUUUGCUGAAAUUAACUCCUUUACUUAUGAUAUGGCAACCAACUAUGGCUUGAAAAUGGAUAUCAUCCGGACAGAUUUCAAAUCUGGCUUGGAGUCUUUAUUGAAGAGUAAACCUGUCAGAGCUAUUUUCCUUGGGGUUCGCAUUGGAGAUCCUACUGCGGUUGGCCAAGAACAGUUUUCCCCUAGUUCACCUGGAUGGCCACCAUUUAUGAGAGUGAAUCCCAUUUUGGAUUGGUCGUACAGAGAUGUAUGGGCGUUCAUUUUAACUUCCAAGGUUCGGUACUGCAGCCUUUAUGAUCAAGGAUAUACUUCAAUUGGGAGUAUUCAUGAUACACUCCCAAAUGCACUGUUGAGCAUUAGUAAUUCCUCUGGAAGCGAGGGGAAAUUUAGACCCGCAUACUUGCUUUCAGAUGGAAGAUCGGAAAGAGCAGGAAGAGCAAAAAGGUUUUCUCCUUCCCUGCUAAAUCCUGACAGGAAUGGAAUGAGAAAUGUGGAUUUGCAGAAAAACAGCAUGCUCACUGCUUCGGUCAUAGUUGUUGGAGAUGAGAUCCUUUUCGGCACUGUUGAGGAUCAAUUGGGACUCUCACUGCGUAGAAAGGUGCAUUCUAUUGGUUGGUCUGUACCACAUACUUCUGUAGUUCGGAAUGAUAUAGAUUCGGUUGCUGAAGAAGUAGAGUUACAAAGGUCAUCAAAUGAGAUGGUGUUUAUAUAUGGAGGAGUAGGUCCAUUGUUUUCAGAUGCAACUUUAGGAGGUAUUGCAAAGGCAUUUGGGGUUCGACUGGCUCCCGAUGAAGAAUUUGAAGAAUACCUCAGGCAUCUUAUAGGGGAUCAUUGCACUGGUGAUCGAAAUGAGAUGGCUCAGUUGCCAGAAGGGAUCACUGAAUUAUUGCAUCACGAGAAGUUGCCCGUCCCAUUGAUCAAGUGUCACAAUGUGAUAGUUCUUACUGCAACAAACACAACGGAACUGGACUUGCAGUGGGAUUGUUUGAUUGAAUUAACAAGAACUGGUGACCUUUUCCCAUUAUUGGAACCAUAUAAAUCAAAGCACUUGACCACAAAACUUUCAGAUGUAGAAAUUGCUCCAUCUCUAUCUAAACUGUGUCUUGAAUUCCCAGAUAUACAGAUAGGGUGUUAUCGAGAAUCCAGAUCUGGACCGAUUAUUAUAAAUUUCAAAGGAAAGAAUGAAGAAAGAAACGAGUUAGCUGCAGAAGCGUUGAGCAAGAAGUUCCAAUCCGGGGUGUUCUCUGACAUCAACUUGCGUUCUCCAGAAACCUAAAGGCUGAAAAUUUGAUAGCUAGAAGCAAAAAAUCAGGCAUUGCCAAUAUCACGCAAGAAACCAUAAGCUUUGAUCAAAGAUUUAAAGAUGUAGGUGGAAUGAAGGUGCAACUGGGAUUUGGCAAAAACUGAAAGGAAGUAGAGAAGAUUAACACAAAGAUCUCGCAAUCGAAACUGCUCGAAGCCAUGGAAGACAGAAACUAUCAAUUUUACUGCUAUUGACAUACGCUAUAUAAUAAAAAUGACCACUCAUUAUUGUUACAGCCCAAUAUUGAAGUUUCAAUGAUUUGUUUUGAUUUCACUUACAGCCUUAAAUUCAGAAGUUCUAGUAGAGAUACAAUCUUUGAUUUGUUCCGUACUUUUCUGCACCAGAAGAUCAUUCAACAAUGACAUUCAACAACAAUAAAGAAUUGGACUUCAGUUCU